AUGACCGUAGCCCUCCGCUCUCCGUCAAAAGUCGCCAACAUCGUCUCCGUGGAUAACGCGCCCGUCGACGCGGCCCUCAAAAGCGACUUCGCCAAAUACGUGCAGGGCAUGCGAAAGGUCGAGGACGCGAAGGUCAAAAGGCAGAGCGACGCAGAUGCCAUACUCAAGGACUACGCGGAGGAACUCCCCGUCCGCCAAUUCCUCCUCACAAACCUCGUCCGCUCCGAAGACGGCACGCACCAAAAAUGGCGCAUACCGAUCAAGUACCUGGCAGCGGCGUUGGACAACAUGGCGGACUUCCCGUUCAAGGAUCCGGACGGUGUGCGCUUCAACAAGCCGGCGCUGUUUGUAAGGGGCACGAAGAGUCAUUAUGUCUCGGAUGAGACGCUACCGAUUAUCGGGAGGUUCUUUCCGCGGUUUGAGCUUGUGGAUGUCGAGGCGGGGCAUUGGGUCAUUUCGGAGAACCCGGAGGCGUUUAGGCAAGGUGGGUUUUAUCCGCAUGCUUUUUAG